AUGACGAGUCCCAAGAUGAAGCACGAAAAGUCGUUCCCAAACCUACGCAAAAAGCUCUCGAGCCCUGUCAACGACCUUCCUCCAGAGCCCCUACCACCACCUCGAAGUCUUCCACUGCGUCCCAGAAGACCUGCAGCCCCACUGAUAGACAGAACGAGGGACAGAAAAAACACUGUACCUGCUCCUCAACAAAAGCCGCUUCGCUUGCCAAUGUCCCCCGGGGGCUCCAAUGCUCCUCGCAAUGCAAAAGGACCCAGGUUCAUGUGUCUCGAACAAGCGCAGCGUAUCCAGAAGGUCGAGUAUCGACCGCCUCCCAAAUAUACCGGUCCCCAGUACCCGACCAUCAUGGGGGUGACGCCUAAUCGACUGAAGCCGAAGCCGAAGCCGGUCGAGGUGAAGAAGCGUGAGAAUAAGCGGACGAGGGCUUUGAAGACGCUGAGGAAUCCUGAUCGGGUGUUUUUGAAGUGGAAGGGUACGAACAGUUAUGCGCGGAUGAGGAUUUUUAGGAGGUUGAAUGGGUGCUUGAAGGCUCUUCAAUCGAAUGGGACCAAUCCGACGGGUACAAUGCUUGCGGAUAUACCAGAGCAGAAGCCGUUGGAGAUUGAGUACAAGCCGAUGUAUCGCCUGAAGGAGAUCAGGAGGGCGUCGAUGUUACUUGCUCGUCCUAAACCUAAGAGGCCAGUGUCAGAAUUGUCAAUCGCAAGUAUCGACAGCGUUUUGUCGACAAACAGAAAACGCUACUCCGACGCCUCAAUAUACAGUAGACCCAUGAGUACAGCCGAACCCUCUCCCACAUUUUUCACAGAAACCAGCUCUGGCCAAAGCUCAGAGAAUGUUUCUUUGCGUGCUUCUUUGGUUCCAUACAGAGAAUGGUGGACUUUCUUGCAGUCCACUGCCAACCCUUUCAGAGAGGAAGAGCCGAACGAUGAACGCACUGAUCGUGACGCUCCAGCAACCCCCAUUCACAGCCAUGCUCACAACUCCCACAGAGGCUCCUCUUUAUCUUCUUCCACCCACAGAAAUUCUCUUCACUCUUCUCGCGUCUUCAAAGCGCCUGAAGAUAACCACGCGACUCCGCCUUCGCCAACGGGUUCAGAUCUUACAAUUACUCCGUCUCGCUACACGUUCGAUCAGGAUAUGGUUGAGGAGUCGAAGUCGUCUCCACAAGAUCCUCUGCCAGAUUCCACGCGCUCCAAGGGUCUGGGGGUGGAGAAGGCUGAAAGCGUUUCAGACUCAAAGAACAAAGGCACCCACCACAGCGACAAACGUGACUCGCAAGCUCAACAAGGACAAAGAUUGACAGCGGAGACCUCGAAAAUGGAAAAGCCUCAGUCGCAGCCGAGCCCUAAGGAUACCAGCGCGACCAAAGACGAAAACGCACUCGAUAACACAAAGGUCCAGAUCGCACGCAAAUCCACCGGUGGAGCUGGUCCUCGUGGGCCCCGGACUCCUGCCCCAAAGACGUACCCUGGUCUGACCAAGGGAGCACGCCCCACGCCCAGCGCCAUUCCUAUUUCCGUCCGCAGACUGAGCACAGAGGCUGCUGAUAUCCUACAGCGCACCCCAAUCGAGGGCUUUGCUGGUGGUAUUCGUGUUCUGGAUAGACCUUCUGGCCCGCGUUCCCGUCCUGAUGGAGAGCCUACCAGUCCGCCCGUUCCAGAAUCUAUUCCAGAGACCAGGAAGGCGUCGGACAACUCAACUUCUUCCUCUUCCGUUGGUAAUUGGGGCUUGGAAGAUGGCGAGGAGGAACUGCAGAAGCCGCCCACUGUCUUCACUGGUGAAUACCGUACUCGUCCCUCUGAGAGAAUGGGGCAGUAUCGUUACGGACCUACGUUGAAGAUUGCCGGAUCAGCGGACAACGUCAUUAUGGGAACAAUCGACGAUGGCUCCAAGUCGUCUCUCGCUACUCAAAAGUCGUCUCCGGCGCGUGUGAAGUAUAUUGAAACUUCCAAGUCUGAGUCGUCUCAAGACAAUAACGAAAAGCCCAAGGCUCAGGUUGACCAGAUCAAAGACCAGCACAAUCCUGAGCAGCAGUCACCGGCCAGAAACUUCUGCCGCCCGCAGAUGUCUCUCGAGAAUCUACCAAAGAGGGACAUCAGCAACCGCGAGUUGUCGGCGGCGCGUAAGCCUUUCAACCAGUCCAGUCUCUCUAAUCUUUUCGUCGCAAGCGCUGAUAAAUUGCAUGCUGAGAGUACUCCCCCUGUUCCAAAGGUGUUUGUGUCUGCAGACAGCGUGCAGACGUCUUCGCCUUUGUCUGAGAAGAAGAACGCAGACGCGACGCCGACACAUACUCACCAGCGUAAUGCUUCUCAUGUGUCGACUCCUGCUACGACACCUGAGCAAAUGCUCAAGAAUAUGCCUUUGCGAUCUCACCCGCCGCCGCGUACCUCGUCGCUGCAGGCUGUGGCUGAUUUUCCUAUGCACUCAGAGUCGGACACUAACCCGAAAACUCCCGGCGAGGUGUCGGACAAGGAGAAUAAUACUCCGCAGUUGAAGCGUGACGCUACCGUCGUGAACAUUUCUGAGAUCAAGGAUCCCCAAGGCCAGACGCGCUCAGUUGAAACGCCCCGUCUCCCCGACUCCAAGGGCACUAGGAUGCUUGAUAGCUUCCGCAACAUCUUCAAGCACAAGAGCGGCUCGGAGAAGGGACGUACUAGAAAGGAGGAUUCAGGUCAAAUCCCGCGAAUUACUAAAGACCAUUCCAUCACCAGCAUGAAAUCUGUCAAGAAAGUCGACGAAAAAAGUGAGUCGGUUAAAGCGUCGCCUACCGCCAAACCCAGAUUAUCCGACGGCAUUGGUUGGAACAAAGUUACCCGCAACCCUAAGGCCUCGGGCGAAUACUCUCCUGCGCUCGUGCCAACCCCGAGUUCUACGAUCUCGACCUCCGCGUCUAUCCCUAGCCCGCUGAGCCGCAAUGCCCCCGACGACCGCACCCCGUCUUUCGCGAGGCCGACGCAGUCCACUCGUAAAAAGGCUAGUACACCCGGCUCUAAACCCCAGGUGUCUGUUGGCCAGGAUGGUCGCCCUCGUAGGGUCAUCCAGGGCGCAGCCGCUUCUACUGGAAGUCCGCAGCGUCUUCUCCGUACCGGUACUAAGCGUCCGAGCAUUGCAUCGACCGCUAACAGACCUGCUGCUAAUCAGCCUCGCGCGACCAUCUCGGUUAACAAUCAGGAGAGCACCCCAUCCGGAGUCGCUAAGCAGUCCGAACCAGCACCGAGAUCGUUUAAGGAAAUACGGUCUACAAUUGACGAGUUGUGCAACAAAGCUCGCGAUGACAGUACCCCUGUUGAGCGUGAGAAGCACCUUCGUUUGGCGCUGGCUCUUCAACAGCAGCUUAGUGACUACAAUAGCGUGGAGAAAGAAGCAGAGGAAGCCCUGAUUUUUAUGAACGCUAAAAAUGCUGACAAGGAUACUGCCGAAGAGACUCUUUUCGACUUUUUCGUGCAGAUUCGGGCUCAGAUAGACGAGCAGUAGAUUCACUCGUUUCUUGUCCUUCUCUUUCUGUCUUACAGUGUCAGUCUUUCACUUGUCUUUUUCUUUCACCAAAGAAAGAAAAUUCCUAUUUUGUCUCGUUAGCUUUGUCUCAACACCAUUCCCCCCAAAAACACAAAAGCGAUAAUGCCCUACGAGCUACGACUUGAUGUUGCGUGAGAAAUUCCCUUUCUAUCUAUUUUUGAAUGGUCUUUAUUCAACUGGAAAAUCUGUUUAAUGUCUAAUGCCCCAUAUGAAAAGGAAUGAAGGAAUCUGGAAUACGUGGAUAGGUAGUAUCAGGAAAAGAUAGAAAAAUUCAAAUUUGUUGGC